AGAGAGAAAGAGAAGAACUUGAGUUUGUACAUCUCUCUCUCUCUCUCUCUAUCCAGAAAAGCCACAAGAGAGAAGAAGAAAAUCCACAGACCCUUAAGCAGUGCAGUAAAAAGCUUCUCUUUUUCUCUAUCUUUCUUCUGUAGUUUAUUAUUAUUGUUUUUUCUUCGGUGUUUAUUUCCAAGGUUUUUGGAUCUCUCCAAAAUUUGGAGGGUAAUAUUAUUUGGAGGGGAGAGGGAACUAGGUAGGGAUAUAAAUGGGAAGAGGGAAGAUAGUAAUAAGAAGAAUAGACAAUUCAACAAGCAGGCAAGUGACCUUUUCAAAGAGAAGAAGUGGUUUAUUGAAAAAGGCUAGAGAGCUUUCAAUCCUCUGUGAUGCUGAAGUUGGUUUGAUCAUUUUUUCAAGCACUGGCAAACUCUAUGAUUAUUCCAGUUCCAGCAUAAGGUCGAUUACUGAUCGAUACAACAAGAUGAAAGAGGAGCAAAAUCAGCUGAUGAAUUCGGUUUCAGAACUCCAGUUUUGGAAAAGAGAGGCAGCUGCUUUGAAGCAACAACUGCAUUACUUGCAAGAAUGUCACAGACAACUGAUGGGUGAAGAACUAUCUGGCCUGAGUGUCAAAGAUCUACAAAAUCUAGAAAGCCAAUUGGAAAUGAGUUUGAAGGGCGUUCGUGUGAAGAAGGAAAAGAUUUUAAGUGAUGAAAUUACUGAACUAAAACAGAAGGGGAACCAUAUGCAUCAAGAAAAUGUGGAACUCUACAAAAAAUUAGAUUUGAUUCGUAAGGAAAAUGCAGAACUGCAAAUGAAGGCCUAUGGACCAAUGGAAAUAGAUAAAAUGAGCAGUAGCUCUCAACAAUUCACUAUCACCAAUAGGUACAGUAUGCCUGGUCUACAGCUAAGACAGCCACAACCGCAAAACCAUGAGACAUCAAUACCAGGGAUAAAGCUGGGGUAUGUUCUAGUAAUCUGUGUUCAUGAAACAUGAAUUAAAUUCCCUAUCAAAUUCAUCUGAAUAUCAAUCUAUACUACAAUUUUUACUCCCAACCCGUACUGAAAUAGAUAUAAUUGAACCUUGCAACAGAUUGCAACUGCAAUAACAGCAGGUAGAUCAUGGAUGAUUUAUCCAUGGUCAUUUCAUCAAUUUGUCAUACAGUAUGGUCAUGUUCAACAUGAAGGAAACUCCUGUUUCAGUCACUUAUGCCUUAUUGUCACCUGAUCCAUCACAUUUGGUAUGCAAUGUUCUUCAAACUCCUAUAUAUGCGAUAAAUUUAGCAGCCAGACCAGCUACAUAUGUAAGUUUACCAAUAAUGACAACGCACCAUAUGAACCAUGUAUUGUUCUAGCUGUUUUUAACGUUUGUUGUGUUAAGUAAUUAGACCAGACUCUAAAGUUGAGAUACUAAUUAGCUGAAUGAAAGUUAAUGUUCAUCCAAUCUUAUAUAAGGCAGUCCUAAGAUGCCUCAAGAAUGGGUUUCGUUUUGUUGAGUUGCUAAAAUUAACCAUAUUAAAUGAUCCCUUAUCCUAAAAAAGUGAGCAGUUCUUGGGGUUAAAAUAACCACUCAUAUCCUUCAUUAACACUCCACUUGCUUGCAUUUUCAACUGAACUUAAUGAAUGAGAUCAACAAUGUAAAGCAGCUUUUAGACCAUGGAAUUUAAACCAGUAAAGGAAUUUAAAACUAAAAGCUUCUCUCCAUUCAAAGAAACUAAAGGUUUCUCUAUUGGGAGAAUUUUCUGUCUUAUUCUUAUCCAGGAUUGUAUUUAUUUUUUCAGUUUAACUUUAGUUUCAUGUGAUAUUAUAAGUCGAGCUUUUGCUCUUUUCAUUAUAUCAAUGAAAAACGUUGUUUCUUUUCCAAAAAAAAAAAAGUUUCCCUCCGUUCACUUUUAAAACCACAAUCCUCAAAACUUAAGUUGUUAGAUUAUGACUAUUUUGUUUGAAUAUUUCGAACACUCUGCAAUAUCUGCCCUGGCAUACCCAACUUUAAUGAAUAUUAUAUAGAAAUGUCAAUCUAGGACUAAUACUUGAAUUGGUUUUCUUUUUUCCAUUUAAAAUGUUUCAAAUAUGGCUAGAA